GCUGCGGAUGCUUGAGACGGAAGUCGCGUAGCGGAAAUGUGAUGUCUUAUGUAAUCCACCCAGAGAGCUUCCCCACCAAUGACGGGCGGCCGUGAUGACAGCACCCCCAGGGAGCUGAUCCGCGACACGGAGCGACUCUCAGUUGGCGUCCCCUCUUCAUCCAGCAACAGCGCCAUUAAGCCAAUGGCCCCGAGACAUCCUUCCCGAGCGAGCGCACAUGGUCAUGUUUGAGGCCUCGCCCCAGCGAAACAUCUACCCCCAACGGCUGCGUAUCGGCAUCGAACGGGCUGCAGCGCAUCCACUGAGCUGAGGAGCUAGCUGCCCGCGAUGUAUUGGCCUAUUGGCACGCCGCGCAUCUACGCAACCAGCAGUAGUCGAGCCCCGGCCUGUCGGCUCGUCGUCUCCCACGAUGGCCUGUCAAGCCCUCUUGACUCCAGCCUGGCAGCUUCACCGGCUUUUCCUAGCGGACAGCCCCGCGGCAUCGACGAUGAUCUCCUACCCCCGCCAACCCCCGUUACGCCCUCGUCUCCCAAGACACCCCGUAUCGAGUCUGUCGAGCACGACGAUGACGGUUCGACGGACUCUCGACCAGACUCGAGAGGCUCGGAUGUAGACGACUUGCCGUUGAAGGACCCCGUGCUGGCUAUGCGAAUCUCACGCUCGGGGAACUUGUUUGCCGUCAUCACAGCCACAUCCAUCACUGUCUGGCAAACAAAGCCAACCGUCGUUCUCGCCGUUGUCGUACGAUCCGAAACUUCUCUUCAGCUCUAUGGCAAGAACGUCGACCUCCUCUUGAGACCCGAUUCGGCUAUUCUCGUCAUACGCACAGAUCUGGGCUUUCUCAUUACCUACUCCAUCGCCACCGAUGCCGACUCUCGCACGUACAAAUCCCACUUUUCCAACUACCAUAAUGUUCAACGGCGAAGGCAAAGCCUAAUUGGCGGGCAGGCCGGCCUACCCCCAGAUCAGUUGCUCUGGGGACCGGGCGAGGGAUCCGGUAUUCGCGACGUCAGCAUGCGGUUUCGAAUGGUCAUUAAGGUUGAUGCUGGAAUCGAAAGUGCAAUUGCUCUCGACGAUGAGUUGGUGGUGGCAACACGGAAACCAGCGGCCGUACAAUGUAUCCGCUGGACCCCUGACAGCACAGGAAGCCAAACAAGGACCGAGAUAAUCAGCCGAAUGGGAUGGGUCGAGAAGAAGGAAUCCAUCAUUGAGAUGACACAUGACCGACCGAUGAAUUUGUCUACCUGGAUCACAAGUAGCGGGCGAGCGUAUGCAGUGCAGCGUCAAACACCUCGGACGGAGAGCAGCCAGUCAGAUGACGCCGAUUCCAAGCGACUCUUCAAGGGACAUUGCUUUCACAACCCGACAACUAGCAAUGAAUUUGCGGUUAGAGCCGUCAUUAAUGCCCGCUUCUCUCUCAUCGCUGUUGGAUGUAGAGAUGGUACGGUGCAGGUCUACUCCGUUCGCGACUAUUCUGGCAACAUCCCCCAUUCCCAUACCCAUAAGAUACCUGUGUCAGUGUCAUUUUCAGGUGCUUUCACGACCCUAAGUUACUCACCGGACGGCUACUGCCUUUUCGCAGGGUUUGAGAAGGGAUGGUCAACCUGGAGCAUGUUUGGCAAGCUUGGGAGCAAUAGCUUCGGAGCUGAGGAGACUACCUCACGUGUUAAUGGCGAGGAAUGGCUUUCAGGAGUUCACUCUGCGUAUUGGCUCGGCGGGGGCUCCGAAGUUCUCAUGAUAGGACGUCAACAUGAAGCAAUCUGGUCCUUGGAGAUGGCCAAAAACGCCGUUACCGGAUGUUACAAUGAAGCCAACAUUUUCAGGACAGUCCUUCAGACACCAUCGGGAGUAAUGGUGUACAGAGGCUAUGACGUCCCGGACCUUACCAGUAUAUCUGCCGAGCCAUUUCUAUGGCACACGGCAAAAAUCCCGGCGACCUAUCUUUUACACCAGUGGCCCAUUCGGCAGACAGUUAUAUCACCGGACGGUCGAUAUGUUGCAGUCGCCGGUCGCCGUGGACUCGCUCACUACAGUGUCAACAGUGGUCGUUGGAAGACGUUCGCCAAUCAAGAAAUGGAGAACGAGUUCCAGGUGAGGGGUGGCAUGUGCUGGCAUCAGCACAUCCUCGUCGCGGCAGUCGAAGGCAACAGGACAUAUGAAUUGCGCCUGUUUUCGCGCGAGACUGCUCUGGAUUCAUCUCAAGUACUCCACACACAGAAGAUCCCUGCCCCGGUGGUACUGGUAACUACAUCUGGCGAAGACUCUCUCCUCGUUUACACCUACGAAAACCUAUUAUAUCAUUUUAUCUUCACGCCUUUUGGAGGAUCGGUUCGCUUGGUGCAAGUGGGCCAGAUAGCGUUCCACGGUAUCGUCAGAUCUCCAGCAAGAGUUCGAGGGCUCAGCUGGAUAUUGCCUGAGAACCAAUUGGCGGAUGGCGAUCCUUCCCAGGAUGUGGCUGUGGCUUCGGUCAUCUUCCUGGUAGAUGGCAAACUUGUUGUGCUACGGCCGUCGCUGAAUGACGAAGGGCAGCUCAAGUAUGACAUGCGGAUCAUCGCACAAAACGUGGAGUACCAUGCAAGCAUGCGAGACCAGCCUCUGCACCACAUUAGCCACCAAAUCGAGGAAUCUAGCCCGCGAAAUGGUUCACCUGCCUUGCGGGACUCCUUAUGGGUAUUUGAUGGGAUGGAACUGAAGGCUUGGCCCAGUAUUAACGACGUGCUGGAAGCAGUUUCGGCGGACAGCACCAUGGAGCCGCCCGCGCCGGCCUCUAUCCCCGUCGAUUUCUACCCGCUCUCAGUGCUUUUGGAGAAGGGCAUUGUGUUAGGAGUGGAGUCAGACUUGGUGCAACGUCGUGACGUGAGCUUCUCCUUCUUUCACUUCGCACUUAGGACUCAUCUCGUGCUCCCGGACAUACUACGUUUCUAUCUUAAGCAAAGUAGAAUCGUCGAGGCAAGUCACCUGGCACAACAAUACCAAGACCUCGAGUACUUUGCACACGGCCUUGAGAUUCUGUUACAUCGAGUUCUGGACGAAGAGGUGGAUACUUCACCAAAGCCCGAGGACGCUGUGUUACCUCGGGUGCUAUCUCUCCUUUCGUCGUUUAAAGAGUAUCUGGACAUUGUGCUACAAUGCACACGCAAAACCGAAGUGCGGCAAUGGAAAACAUUGUUCGCGUACCUGCCACCAGCACAGGAGCUUUUUGAAGAGUCAUUGCAGAGAGGAUCACUGAAGACUGCAGGAGGCUACCUCAUUGUGUUGCAUACCCUGGAUGAGUUGGGCUCCUCGACGGAACAGUCGGUCCGCCUUCUAUCCCGUGCCAUGCGAGAGGGCGACUGGGAGUUGUGCAAGGAGCUUGCGCGGUUCUUGGCGGCAAUGGACGAGACGGGCGAGACGCUGCAAGAAGCCAUGAGGAUGGUUGACGUGGUGAUUAAACAGGAGCCAGGACUCGAUGGGUUUGGCAGUCGACUACAAAUUCCAUCGGGGAGAGGAUUGAAUGGAUUAUCAGGCCAAACAAGCAGCGGAGACGACGAUGCCACUGAAUCGGAUAGACGGUCGACGAGCGACACGGGCAGUAUCGCGUCGACAAUCAGCGCACCGUAAACAAGACUACGGGUGACAUUACUUAUUUUUGGGAGAUUUGGGGGUUUAUCCUUGGAGUUUCAAUGUGUUUUGCCUAGACAUUUACUGGGUAUUUUAGGGAGCAAGAGUUGGAGGGAUGGAAAGCUUGCCUGACAGGAGACAUGGCUCUUUCACUGGCAUAUAUAGCCUAUGAGCCUCUGGGGAUCUAUGUAACUAGUAGAAUUCAUUACAUAUUCGGAUUAUUUGGGCAUGUCGUAUUGCAGCAUGUCUGUCUGUCCGUCCUUGACUACCUAGAUCUUGAUAGUCCGAUGAG